GGAGAAAUCACCACUUCCCGAUGAGUUGGAAAGACAUCCUUGAUCACCAGAUUCAUGUAUGACAGCUUUGACAACACCUAUCAGGCAACAAUUGGCAUUGAUUUUUUAUCAAAAACAAUGUAUUUGGAGGAUCGAACAAUCAGGCUGCAGCUGUGGGAUACUGCGGGUCAGGAACGUUUCCGUAGCCUCAUUCCCAGUUACAUCCGUGAUUCUGCUGCAGCAGUAGUAGUUUACGAUAUUACAAAUGUUAACUCAUUCCAGCAAACAACAAAAUGGAUUGAUGAUGUCAGAACAGAAAGAGGAAGUGAUGUUAUCAUCAUGCUAGUAGGAAAUAAAACAGAUCUUGCUGACAAGAGGCAAGUGUCAAUUGAGGAAGGAGAGAGGAAAGCCAAAGAGCUGAAUGUUAUGUUUAUUGAAACUAGCGCAAAAGCAGGAUACAAUGUAAAGCAGCUCUUCCGACGUGUUGCAGCAGCUUUGCCUGGGAUGGAAAGCACGCAGGACAGAAGCAGAGAAGACAUGAUUGACAUAAAACUGGAAAAGCCUCAGGAGCAACCCGUCAGUGAAGGCGGCUGUUCCUGCUAAUCCCCCACGGCAUCUUCGGCUCUUCUCCAGAAGCUCACUGCUUUGGCCCCCUUACUCUCAUUGACUGCAGUGUGAAUAUUGGCUUGAACCUUUUCCCUUCAGUAAUAACAUAUUGCAAUUCAUCAUUGCUGCCUGUCUCGUGGAGAUGAUCUAUUAGCUUCACAAGCACAAAAAAGUCAGUGUCUUCAUUAUUUAUAUUUUACAAAAAGCCAAAUGAUUCUAGCAUAUUCCAGUGAGAACUUUAAAAACCAGAUACAUUUUCUUAACAUUUUUUUCCUUUUUUAAUGUUAUGAUAAUGUACUUUAAAAUGAUGGAAAUCUCAGCAGUAUGAGUAUGGCUUAGUUAAGGAAGUGAUAGGUUCAUAGCAGCGCUUGCCUGCCUACUUGGUCUCUCCUUGCCUUUUUCACCUCUCCCUUACACCGUUCCCUGUCCUUACUGUCCCUGUCUCCCUGCAAACAAACCAGAGGUGGCAAAGCAGUAGUCAGACCGAACCUACUGGAAUUUUCCUUCAGUUUUACAGAUACUACUUGUUCUAGGCCAUGAGCCAAGAUGUCCAAAAUUAUUCUUGAGCACUGAUAUAAAUUUACUUAGACCUUCUUUGAGGUCAGAACUAGCUAUCGUGGUAGGCUGUGCUUGGAUGAAAAAAGGGUUCUGGUACAUCUUUAGAGUAAGUCCUAAUGAACAUACUGAGUACUUACAAGUAGAGGAACAUAAAAUGUAUUUCUGACCAAAACAAAUGACUCUUUCAUACAUGCUUUAUUAGACUCUGGGAGAGAAAAGUAACUAAGCAUGUCAGAAAAGAUUUUUAAUAUUUAAUUCUUCAUGGUUAAAAUCAUAAAGAUAUAAUGAACUCUUUCUCCCAGGAUUUUAAAAUUGUCAAGAUAGAUAGAGUUACUCUGUUUAAAAAAAAAAAAUCUUUUUUAAGCAAUAGAUUUUGCUUGUGUUUUUCUUUUCUUUUUUUUUUUUAAAUGCUGUGCAGGCAAGGCACUGUAAAAGUCAAAUACCUUUAAAAAAGAACCAGUGGAAGAAUUUAAAUUUUUUUUGGCACCAUGAUAAAAACUACGCAACUAGUAUAAAUAAUGGUAUCUACAGAUGAACCUUCAGCAGAAUAGCAGAUACUUUGCUCAGGACAUUCGAGGUCAAAUUGAAGACAGAACAGUUUUCUCGUAAGCCCCUAGAGGCAGAUCAGAAAAAGCAUCCAUAGAAGAGGGAAAGGAGAGAAUGGAAAUAAAACUCAAUAUUAUGCAGAUUUAUGCCUUAUUUUUUAGCAUUUUUUAAAUGUUGGGUCUUUCAGGCUGGUUUUUGCUUUUUAUUAGAUCUGUAUAGUUUGGUUAAUUAACUAGUGAUUUAGUUUUAUAUUUAAGCUACAAUUAAUCUUUUUUUCUUUGGCGAUAUUUAUUUCUUUGCCUUUUUUAAACUACUUUAAAUUUUUAGAUGUUUUGUUGUGUCUUUUGAGAGCUUCAUCACCAUGGCAAUAUGUAUUUCCCUUAAAACACUGCAAACAAAUACACUAGGAGUGCACCCUUUUAAUCUUUACUAGUUAUUGUGAGAUUGCUGUGUAAGUUAAUAAACACAUUUGUAAAUACAUUGUUUGCAGGAAGAAAAUUUCUGAGUCACAGCUCAGGAAAAGCCUGCUGAAUUUAUGUUGUAAUCAUUACUUAACACAGUAUAAAGAUGAAAGACAACAAAAAUAUCUUCAUACUCCCUCAUCCCUCCAUUGCAACAAAUCCCUUAACUGGGAGAACCUUAUUCCCCUUUUUCCUCUUCCUUCUCCACUUCCCACUUGUCACCUUGUAAUAUUCAGAGAGCACUUGGAUUAUGGAUCUGAACAGAGACAUGCUUUCAGAUAAUCAUUAGCCCACAUACCAGUAACUUAGACUAAAAGAUGGGAUGGAGUUGUAAAGUGCUUUUAUAAUACAAUAUUAUUGUUAAAGGCAAGGAUUGACUCUUUUGUUUUAUUUUGACAUAGCAUGUCCUGAAAUAAAUAUCGAUUCAAUAUGGCA